GGAGAUCUGGGAUCCACUGCCGACGCAGUCGAACGUAGCCUCGAAGAGAACUUUGCUCUCGCAAGUCGAUGGGGCUGCAUCCUCCUGAUUGACGAAGCCGACGUCUUCCUUGAAGCCCGCCAGACCGAAAACUUUGACCGCAACAGUCUCGUCGCAGUCUUCCUUCGCACUCUAGAAUACUACACCGGCAUCCUCUUCCUCACCACCAACCGUGUCGGCACAUUCGAUGAAGCCUUUACCUCACGCAUCCACAUCUCCCUCUACUACCCCCCUCUCGACGCAUCCUCGACUUUGGCUGUUUUCCACCGCGGCACUGCCGAGCUCGAGCUCGACGAGCGCUCCAUCGACAAGUUCAUCCUCGAUUACUACGGCCGCAACGAGGAGGCGCGGUGGAACGGUCGGCAGAUCCGCAAUGCGUGUCAGACGGCUCUUGCACUCGCC